AUGUCCUCCUUCGUCGAGACCUUCAAGCAUACCACGCCAUACGCAGCGAACCCGCUACGAACUCGUUCCGAUGUCGCGGCCUUCCUGACCGCCUUCCUCGACCCCCUCGCGUCACACACAUCGCCAGGAGGCUCACGCAUCCACCUCGGCCAUACAGGAACGCAUUUCGACGAGACCGCCGCACAGCUCGAAGGGUUCGCUCGACCUCUCUGGGGCCUCGCGUCGUUGAUCGCAGGUGGAGGGACGUAUGCAGGCGUGGAACGCUGGGCGAGGGGACUGGCGAGCGGGACGGAUCCGAAUGGGGAGGAAUAUUGGGGAGAGAUGCGCGACCGCGAUCAAAGGAUGGUCGAGUGCUCGCCGAUUGGGUUCGCGCUGGCGGUUGCGGGAAGGGAGAUGUGGGAUCCGCUGAGCGAGGAGGCGAAGGAGAACGUAGGGCGGUGGUUGAACGUGAUGAACACGAAAGAAAUGCCGAAUACGAACUGGCUGUGGUUCAGGGUGUUCGCCAAUCUCGGUCUCGCGAAGAAUGGCUCGAAGUAUGGCGAUCUCUCUCGAGCGAAGAAGGAUAUGGACCACCUCGAUACUUUUUACGUGGGUGACGGUUGGUCUCGGGAUGGCCCAGAGGGCGUUGUACAAUUGGAUUAUUAUUCGUCCUCGUUCGCGAUCCAGUUCGCGCAACUCGUCUAUUCGAAGCUAGCCCAAAACGAGGAUCCCGAGCGAUGCGAAGCAUUCCGCCAACGCGCGCGUCAGUUCGCCCUUGAUUUCGUCCAUUACUUCGACGAAGAAGGUCGUGCAGUCGCCUUCGGCCGCUCGCUCGUAUACCGCUUCGCGAUGUCAUCAUUCUGGGGCGCACUCGCCUUCGCCGAUGUGGAACUCCCCGCACCCCUCACCUGGGGCGUCGUCAAAGGGAUUCAACUCCGAAACCUCCGUUACUGGGCCGCGCAACCUGGUGCUUACAAUCCGGAUGGCACCCUUACUCUCGGCUACGCCUACCCGAACCUCAACCUGACCGAGAACUAUAACUCGCCCGGGUCGCCUUACUGGUGCUGCAAGAGCUUCGUCUCGCUCGCGCUGCCCGAGAGCCACCCGUUCUGGUCAUCUGCGGAGGAGCCGUUCCCCUCGGCGUUGAGGGAGACGGUUAAACCGCUCUACAAGCCGCUCCAUAUCGCGACCAACCUCGGCGGGCACACGUACGUGCUCUCGAGCGGGCAGCGAUGCAGCUAUCCAGUCAAGCAGAGCGCGGCCAAGUACGGCAAAUUUGCAUACAGCACCGCGUUCGCGUACAGCGUCCCUGUUGGUGACGGCACGCUUGAGGAACAUGCUGGAGAUAGCGCGUUGCUUCUCUCCGACGACGACGGCGAGACAUGGCGCGCGAGGCGGAAGACGGAGGAGUUCAGGUUUGAGAACGACGGCGGCUGGUUGAGGUCGAUGUGGUAUCCCUGGUCGGACGUGGAGGUCGAGACGUGGCUCAUACCGCCGACGCCCGCCGCGCCGCUGUGGCACGUGCGUGUACAUCGCGUUCGUGCGGGGCGGAAGGUAUGGACGGCCGAAGGCGCUUGGGCGAUCUAUGGCCAACGCCCGGACGGACGACACCUCGAUCCCGUGGACAAGUCGGUCGAAGGUGGUUUUGGAUUCUGGCAAGAGGGUCCCGAGGCGCGGGCACACUCGCGGGCGGGUGCGUCUGCGAUCGUCGAGCUGGGGAACAGAAAGCAGAGGGAAGGAAAAGUCAUCCGGACCGACGCUAACUCGAGUCUGAUGUGGGCGAGAGCUGUCUUACCGACUUUACUGGACACAGUGGAGCCGACCGAGGGCGACGUGUGGUACGUCACGGCGGUAUUUGGGAAGCCGAACAUUGGCAAUGAGAAGGGCGCGAGCAAGGGGUGGAUGACUGAGUGGGAGAAGAGGCCGGAUGUUCCGAAAUCUAUCGAAAUGCUGAUUCCUCAGUGAGCUUUACUGUGACGAGAAUUCAUAUCACUGCAUAUGUACAGUGUUGAAUGGGAUUAGUACCCUUGAGAAUCUAC